GCUCGCUUCAUCCAGAUCCAAUAGCUGCAACAAAACAGCGCCAUCCAAUCCCUCUCCCCACCCCCUUCACCCGCCGCUUCGGCUCCUAGGGUUUGGCCCUUCUCCGGCGACCGCUGCCGUCAGCCACAGCGAUGAGCCAAUUGGGCGGGCGGUGCUGCCCGAUUCUGGGCGGAGGACCCGCCGUGAACGGCCCGAGGAGGGCAGAGAUCCACCCCCAAAGCAGAAGGCAGCUCGCCCACUUUCGUUCGCCGCGCUUGUGGAGAGCCAUGGCCUCCAGAGAACCGUUUAAAGGUAAAGCAACUCAAAAUCAGUGGGAGAAAUUGUUUCUGGAUUGUACAAGGAGAUACACCAGCGAUUUAUCUAUAUUUGGCAAGACUCCUGUAAGGUUCUUUUGCAGUAUUUCAUCAUCCAGAGUACAAGAUAACAGAUUUGUUCGACACAGUUCUGAAGGUGAAACAGAACUUCCAUCAUACACAUGGCCAGAUAACCAGAGACCAAGGGUCUGCAUUUUAGGUGGUGGAUUUGGGGGCUUAUACACUGCUUUAAGAUUGGAGUCUCUUGUAUGGCCUGAUGAUAGAAAGCCUCAGGUGCUGCUUGUAGAUCAGUCUGAUCAAUUUGUUUUUAAGCCAAUGUUAUAUGAACUACUAUCUGGAGAAGUGGAUGACUGGGAAAUAGCACCGUCAUUUACAGACUUACUGAAGAACACCAGCGUGCAAUUUGUCAAAGACAGGGUGAAGUUUAUACGGCCUCUGGACCACUUAAAUCAUAUAGAAAUGGGGGAGCUUGGAAGGUCAUGCUCUGGAGGAUUGGUUCACCUUGAGAGUGGGAUAAUCAUUGAAUAUGACUGGUCUCUGCCUCAAUGCUCCAGGCUGGUUCUAGCUUUAGGAGCUGAAGCAAAACUUGAUGUUGUUCCAGGAUCUGCUGAAUAUGCCUUUCCUUUCUUGACCUUGGAGGAUGCUCGUAAAGUCAACAGCAAGUUAACAACAUUGGAACGACAGAGAUUUGGUAAGGAUUCACCUCCCAUACAUGUGGCUAUUGUCGGCUGUGGCUACUCUGGUGUUGAGUUAGCAGCUACCAUUUCUGAAAGACUGGAAGACAGAGGGAUAAUUCAAGCAAUCAAUGUUGAAACUACCAUUUGUCCGAAUGCUCCACCUGGAAAUAGAGAAGCUGCACUCCGAGUUCUUCAAUCUCGGAAAACUCAGCUUUUCUUGGGAUAUUUUGUUAGCUGCAUAAAGGAGGUUUCUGCAUCUGAAGAUUCAGUUGGGAUGACGAGAAUUGGAGAAGAAAUGAGUAUUGAUGCAAAGAAUCACCGAAAUAAAUUCAUCUUGGAACUUCAACCAGCCCAAAGAGGCUUAGAGAGUCAGAUUUUGGAAGCAGAUAUAGUGUUAUGGACAGUGGGAUGUAAGCCCGUAAUUCCUCAUCUAGAUCCAUUUGAUCAAUCCAACACAUUUCCGUUGAAUGGUAGAGGGCAAGCAGAAACAGAUGAAACUCUCCGUGUAAGGGGUCAUCCUCGAAUAUUUGCAAUUGGUGACUCGGCAGCAUUAAGGGAUUCCUCUGGCAAGCUGCUUCCUGCCACUGCACAGGUUGCUUUUCAGCAGGCAGAUUUUGCUGGUUGGAAUCUUUGGGCAGCAAUCAAUGACAGACCUCUAUUGCCAUUCAGGUUUCAGAAACUGGGAGAGAUGAUGACUCUUGGGAGGAAUGAUGCUGCAAUCUCACCAAGUUUCAUUGAGAGUCUGACCUUGGAGGGUCCCCUUGGGCAUGCUGAAGGCUGAAAUUGUGACUGUCGUGUAAAGAAACUGAAGCAUGAGAGACCACAUGGAAAUAUCUGACUAAAUGCUGGCUAGAGACAAAUCUAAUACAUCAAAUAUGUGAGGAGACGAAGGAGUCCAUGCUUUUUUUUGAUAGGUAUUUCCCCACCUUUUCUUCUGCUUUCUUCUUUAAAAUUUUUGGAGUUCAUUCUCUUCAGAUCAAGCAAGACGACUCAGAAGUGCAACUUGGGUAUCACAAGACAUGUCACCAUAUAUUGAAAAGAUUCAAAAAUCCUUCCACAUGAAGUCUAAUAUGAUGUCAUACUGGGUCUGGUUUUCCACAAGAACCAGGAUGAUAAAAUCAAUCCAAGUCGCAAUGAGAGGAUAUAUGUUAACAAUCUACCACUUUCCAGCCUCAUGGGAUUCCAUGGAACUGCCAUCUGCCAUUAUCCGAGUUGUGUGUCUCUUGUUAUGGGAUCCUCCACACCUCUGACAUCUACUGACCGACGGCAAAUAGUGAGCCGUAAGGGUGAAAGCUAUGUUCCUCGCCUUGUUGUCCCCCUCUUCUCUCACCAUCUUUUUUAGUGCUUAUGUGAACAUAGGUUUUGAUCCCUUGGAGAAGCAUACGAGCACAAAUUGAGCUAAAGAUGGAUCCAUUAAAAUGCCAUUAAUGGGAGUUGCUUGAACUGGAGAGUGCUGUGACGUACUCCCCAACAUAUAUUGGAGCUCAUGGAGGCUAAUGGAAGAUGACAGGAUUGAGAAGCUACCAGGGCAGCCAGAUGGAAUAGAUUUUGAUCAGUAUGUAGGUUAUAUUACAGAUGAUCCUGUGCUGCGAGAUUUCUAUUCUACUACAUUAAGUCUGCCAGAGAAUUCUUCUACUAAACCAGUAGUGCAUAAGCUUGGAGGAGGUAUUUAACCUAGGCUUAGUUCAGUAUUCCUUUUUC